UUAUUCAUUACUUAUUAUGCCACUAGCUACAUUUUUCGGCCUGGGUGGUUCUGUUUGCCCUCUCCCUCCGCAGGCAUGCUCCGAAGGGCGGAGAGGGACUGCAUUUCGCAGGAAGAGAGCGCGCGGCUCUGAGCCAGCCCCUGCCUGCAGGAGCUGCACGGGGAAGGAGGAAACUUUCUCCCCCGCGCGGGGCGGCGGCAGAGAAGACGCGGGCAAAGGAGGCGGCGGGGCGAGCCCCCUCGGCCUGGGCUCCCCGCAGCCGGACCCCAGCUGCGGCCCGGGGGCCCCGGACAACGCCCGCGAUGCGCCCGGCCGCGGCCCCGCUGCGCGCCUGGAAGGCAGCGGCUGCUCCCUGCCCGGGGGGAUGUUAGCCCCGAGCCCCAUUGCCCCGGGAGCUCCGACUCGGGGGCGCUUUGGGGGGCGCUGGAGCGAGCUGGACUUUGCAUCGUCGGGUUUGUUUUUUGCAUCCUUUGGAAAGCUGAGCUCGGGGCCCCCCCUGGGCUGA